AUGACUCACACUGCAAAAUGGAAGUUAGCCUCGCGAGCAGCGGUCAUCACCCUGAACGGCUCAAUCGGUGGUGGAAUCUUGGGCAUUGCGUACAGCUACAUCCGCGACGCCGAGACUCUGGAUGUCCCGACAUUCGUAACUGGUGUCCGCGGGGGCUUGGUGUCAGUGACUGGCAUUUGUGCUCUGGCCCGGCCGUGGGAAGGACUGGUAAUAGGAGUCUUUGGCGGGCUGUUCGCAUGCCUGCUGUCUGACGCCAUGAUCAAAUUAAAGAUUGAUGAUCCAGUGAAUUGCGUUUCUACUCAUGCUGGGUCAGGAGUAUGGGGCAUGAUCGCCGUGGCUUUGUUUGUGGAACAAGAGAAAACAGAAGGUUUUGCUGAGGAGAAAGGACUUUUUAAGGGAGGAAGUUGGCGACUUCUUGGUGUUCAGUUACUAGCAUGUCUGCUAACAGCCGCCUGGGGAGUUCUAACAACAGUUAUCAUGCUUUACGCGAUCGAAAAAACAAUCGGGAUACGACUUACAAGAGAAGAAGAACUGCAGGGCUGUGAUUUGGUGGAACAUGGCAUUCGCGAAGAAGACGAAGAAGAAGAAGACAAAGGAGAGGUCGACACAGACGUACAAACGAAAAGAACAAGUACAGUUCGAAGAGGUACAUGGCAAACUUUAAAGCUCAACGGCCUUGGAGUUGAAGCCUCAGAGGAGGGAAAACGCACAGGAUCGUUCAGUAUGACGAGGUUGCCGAUUGUGGCUCGCAUCCUCCGUCGCAAAGACGGAACCAGAAAACCGAAUACCACUCAACUUGGUCGCGUUGAGAGCUCAUGCCUAGCCAAAGCACAAAAGAAUGACGAAGAUCCGCAAAGAUCCCUCGAUUGCAACCGAGUUCGUGUUAUUAGUGCCGAAGAUGCCCGAAGAGAUAACAAACAUACACGAGGAUCAGAAGAUCUGCGCUCGAUCUACAGUAUGGAGUCUGACAUCGAGGAGCUCUUACGAGGGGUUGCAGUGACUACGUCUGAUUCAUGUUAUCCCAUGACUACACAAAAGCGGAGUGUGGACAAAUGUACACAAGUUGCUUGUGAAGAGGGCUUUCUUUUGGAGUUGUAA